AUGGAGGACGGCACAGAGGCUGAGAUCCUGGGGUGGGGAGACCAGAGACCAGUAACUGGUGAAACUGAUGGAGAGAUCACAGAAGCAGGGUGGGAGAACCAGGACCAGAUGGGAAGUGAGGAUAGAGGCAAAAUUCAGGAACUGGGGGAGAGAUACCAGAGGAAGCCUGGAGGCGGGAGUGCUCCUGGAAGCCAGGCAUACGGGGCAGAGAGCCAGGAGCAGUUAAGAUACAGGACUGAUGCUCAGACGCAGACAACUGAGAGGAGAGAACAGGGUGAUCAUGGAGAAAAGGAUGCUGAUGAGAUGCAAGGAUUUCAAAGGACGAAUCAGAGCGAGCCCAGAGAGCAGGAUGACGGAGCGAGAAAGGCCCAGGGAUCAGGAAAGCAGGACCUGGCUGGAGGCGGGCAUCGCGAGAAGACACAGAUGCCAAGCUGGGGGGAACAAGACCAAUAUGGAGGGGAUCAUGAGGCAGGCAUUCCGGCAGAAGAGAGGGCAAAUAAGGACCAGGUUGGAGGUGGGGAGGCUCUGUGUUUUCAGUCAUCUGAAAGGAAGCCCGUGGGACAGGUCAAAGAAGAAGGCAGUGUUGAGGCAUGGGUGCUGGAGGAGGAAAAUCAGGAAUGGAUUGGAAAUGAGAAUGCGACAGACUGCUGGACAGGCUGUUGGACACCAGGGUGGAAGAAGCAGGAUGGAGCUGGGAGUGAGAAAGCUAGUGGGGAGGAGGAAAUCAAAUUAGGGCUUCAGAGUCCAGGGAGCUUGGGAAGACACAGCCUGGCAAAAGGUGACGAUGCCAGGAAAACCCAGAUGUCUUGCAAGAAGAAACUCAAAGAGAUAAGAGAAGAAGACUGGCUGAAAAUCCAGUGGCUGGAGUGGGAAAGGGAGAGAGUGGUAGCAUGUGACAUUGACAAGGAAUUGGAGCGAUCCUGUUUGGAUUAUCAGGGUCAGGUUGGAGAGGACCAGAGAGCGGAGAGCUGGACAUCAGAGACAAGACGCAGGAGAGAAAAGGGAGGUGAGGAUGGUACAGAAACCUGGGCACUGGGGCGAGAAAACCGGAGUCAGUCACGAGCCGAAGCCAAUAUAGAGACACAUUCAUCAGAGAAGAAAAUCCAGGAGAAACUGCAAAAAGAGGAUGGUGCAGCCAUGCAGGCACCAGAGAAGAGUCUGCUGAGAGGACUGAGAAAGGAAGAGGACAAGGAGACUGCAAGACUUGAGGAAGAAAACCAGGGUCAGUUAAGAAGUGAAAUCUGUAAAACAAUUGCCAGAGCCAUGUGUAAGAAUCGGGGACAUAUUCGAGGCAAGGAUGAUGCAAACCUUCAGGUGUCGGAGGGAAAGAACUGGGUGAAAUUAACAACUGAAGCAGAUGGAGAAACCCACCUCGCUGGGUGGAAGAAAGAGGAGCAGAUUGAAAGUGUGAAAAACACCGAAUUUCAAGCUCCAGAGAAGAGAAAAGAUAGAGUCGCUGGAGGCACAGAUAGUGCAGAGACCUGGGCAGCAGGGGAGGAAAAGCAGAGUCAGUUAACAAGUGGUAGAGAGGCCUGUCUAUCAGGAUGGAUGAACCAGGAACAGGGAGUAGGUGAAAACAGUACAGAAAUAAGAACCCUGAAAGAAGGGGGAGGCAAAGAAGGUGACGUGACCCAGGAACCCGAGAGAGAGAACCAAGGACAGCCAGACGAUGAAAUUGACAGAGACAGAGAUUCAUUAUGGAAGAUGAACCAGGAGCAGGCUGGAGGUGAGAAUGGUGCAGAAUGUCAGGCCUCAAAGAAGCGAAACCAACGAGAGGUCGUACAUGACAACAGUGCGAAGAUUUGGGGACUUGGAGGAGAGCUCCAAGGACUGCUAAGAAGCACAGUUAAUGGAAAGACCAACUCAUUAAAGUGGAAGAACCAGGAGGAGAUGGGAGACAAGAAUGAUGCAGAAAUUAAAAUGCAAGGGAAGAGAAAUGUGAAAGGGAAUGAAUGUGAUGACGGUGCAGGGAUCCACGCAUCUGGGAUUGACUAUCAGGAGGAGUUAGGAGGUGAAAGUGGUACAGAAAUCCAGACACAAGGGCAAGGGAACCAGAACAAGGCUGGUGAUGCAGAGGCUGUUAAAAUCCAGAAUGCUGAGAGCCAAGGGAAGUAUGGAGCUGAGGAUACUGGAGGGCCUCAAAUCUCAAGGCCCAGAAAGGGGAAGCAGCUCGUAGGGGAAGAUUUUGAGAAGGUAGGUCUCCCGUUUGACUGUGCAGGUGGUGACGGGCCCAUGAGCUUCCAGCACAGCCUAGCAUGGCCGCCAGCCUUCACUGGGUCUGGAUAUGGGGCCAUGGAACAAGGACAGGCCGUCAGUACAAACAGUUCAGCUUCUGUCCCCAGCCCUGAGGUGAAGCACCUGGCCCAGCUGGGUGAGGACUCCCUGCUGGCCAGUGAGGCUGAAGCACAUCUGGACAGCUGGAGCAGGGCCCCUGCCAGCGAGUGCAGAGCUGAGGCUUGGGGGCCUCCCCGUGAAUCCCAGGAAGCCCAACAAAAGGACAAAGACCAGGUUCCAGGGAAAGCCCCCUGCUUGACUCAGGGACAGCCCUGGAACUCUCAGUCUGUGACCGCCCUGGACCUGACCUCCGCCAGCCCUUCUCUCCAAGGUGACUCAGUCCCCCAGGCUGCCCCAGCUUUGGUGGGCACUCCCGUUGCCCUCCCUGUCCUGCCCAAGUGCUCAACCCUCCGGAAGAGCAAGAAACUGCUCCUGGAGGCCCUCAUGCGGCGGAAAAUUGCACACCUGACGUGGGGCCUUCCCCAGCGCAUCCUGCAGUCCUACUUACUCCUUAAUUUACCAGGACCUUGCCCAUUGUCCACUGCUGGCGUGGGCCCUCUCAGUUUGCACACAGACGAUGGGUUCCAAGGGCAGCAGAAAAGACUCUGUGAAACAAAGCAGAAGCCCCCGCCAAAGCCCCCACGGGUUCGACCUCCAGGAGGAAAGUCAGCCCUGGAGAAGAGUGGACCCUACCUUCCAGAACCACCCAGCAGGCCCAACCACGCACAGACACCCAGGAGGUCCAGGCCACCAGGUGGUGCCAGAGACACACCAGGUGCGAUGCAGACUGAGGCCUCCGUGAAGCCCAAGCCUGAAACAGAGUCUGGGAGCUGGAGUUGGGGAGAAAGGGAAAAGGCCUCAGAGCCUUCCAGUGAGAGGAGCUGCGGGGAGGAUAAGGCAGUUCCUGAGACGUCAGAGAGGGCUUCCAGUAUUAGAGUGUGCCCCUCAGGCUCUAGGCCAAUCCAGGGCCACUGGAGGAAGAAGCGCCUCUCCACCAAAUUUCUGCAGCCUUCAGGCUGGCGAAGAAGAAACUUACAACCUGUGCCUGGCCGAGCAGCCGGGCAGCAGCCUUUCUCCGGUUCUGCAGACCUCUCCAACUUCAAGCAGAGUCUCCGAUCGACUGCAGCCAGGCUGAGCAAGGCCCUUCUGAACAAGAUGCCCUGGUCCCCACAGCCUCUACACUCUGUCCCCUACGUGAGCCUGCAGGAUCCUGAUUCCAGCCCUCUGCUUCCCAAAGCAGAGAACCCACACCCAAGAGAGAACAGCACUGAAGCUAUCCUGUCUUUGGAACGGAACCUUCAGCCACCAAGUCACUACUGUGCUGGCACCCCUCUGCCCGGGGAUAAGAGCCCGCAGGAUCAGGGGGCACCUGGAAACCAGCACAAAGCCUCACGGAGCUCCCACAAGUUUGUUUUUGUGAAGAAUUUCAGACUAGGCCCCGCCCUCCCCUGCCCGGCCUCCGCGGGCCUCUUUACCGACCGCCUGCGCCUGCCUUGGCCGGGCCCAUCUGCCCCGUGGGUCGCUCCAAGUCAAGGCACCCCCUCUUCCAGAGCCCCGAUAGCCCUCGCUGGUCGCUGCUAA